GACCCCAGAUCUAGAACUACAACUACAGCUGUAUAUUAUUUACAUGUAAUAUCCUCGCCUGUAUUACAAGUAUAAGCAGUGUAAAUUAUGUCAGUUAUGUAUAUAUAUUCUAUCACUGCGAUCAAACACACGAUUUUGGCUUUCUCUUUUACAAGUAGUUCUAAACAGUUUGAAUGGCUGAAUAAUACCAUGAAAGAGGCUAUAGAGCAAUUCACAUUGACCAUGUUUACCGUGGCUUCCUCUCUCUGUGUUAUCGUAAGAGUGCGAUAUGUUUGCAACUCUCUGGUCAACAAUAACUCUUUUUAAAAUCUUCUUUGUGUGUUUACUUUCUUCUCCUGAUAUUAGCAGAUUCGAAACACCUGAAAUUAUCAAAUACACAAUCUCUUGAUCAAGCUUGGUUUCAUAAUGUUCAUGUACCGAGAUCGAGUUUCUUAAACGGUGGAAAUGUUAAACUACAUUGUGACAUUGCUAUGGAUUUUAAGAGCAAUUACAGCGACAACUCGACGGAACUGCGAAGACUGGCGUCUCCAUGGUUACACAAAGAGUGCAACUUUUAACGUGGAACCCAAGCAAGACGGGAUCGUGUUUUCCGUAUACUGUGAUAUGACGUCAGUUCCGGCGCAGACGGUGUUCAAACAUGACUUUAAUGCUAGAGAGCAUGUGGGAUAUGCCGUCGGAGGCUGGUAUGCUGAUGUCAAGCCGGUAUAUUCCUUGACAAUGCAGAACAUAGAGAGCGCCAUUUUAUUGACGUCAAGCUGCCAGCAGUACAUAAAAUAUGAGUGUAACAGUUCUAAACUCCUCUUACAAAGGACUUAUUCGAAGUGGGAAUCACGUGACUCAGUCAAACGCUACCACUGGGGUGAUGCAAAUCAGCAGUCUGGUUACUGCGCAUGCGGACUAACUGGAACAUGUGCAGACCCCGCCAAAAAGUGCAACUGUUUGAUUGAAGAUGACACCCUGAGGGAAGACAGUGGGUACCUCACGGACAGCAGUCUACUUCCGGUGACGAGGGUGGUCAUUAGAAUGUCGUCCUUCUCGUCUGACGGAUACCUUACCAUAGGGCCAAUGACUUGCGUAGACGUGGACCCAAGAAGUUUCAUAGAGACACCAGAAGGAAUCACUACUGCCUUCACCUGCUCAGUUCUCUUUCUCAUAUUUCUAUUCAUGGUGGUGUAUGCCUGUUACAAAAAGUGCCCGUGCAAGAAAUGCGGAAAAAGUCGCAAACAGCGCACCGACAAGUCAACCACGAAAUCACAUCCUGCAGAAAAGCCAACAGUCGAAGCUACAAUUGUGCCUGAAUCCAAUAAUUCCAUCCCCACGUCUUCGUCAAUGGAGGAAUUACCCAGGGGUCCUCUUCACGCGAUUAUGCCGCCAAGCUAUACAGUGCACAAUUUCCCACUGCAAAAUUACAAACCAGGCGAACUUUCGAGACUUCUCGGUGCUCAAAGUGCGGCCGAUCUCGUUCACCUUCGAAUGGAAUUGAACGCGCGACCUUUUCCGCAAAGGUAUGCUCAAAUUUCAGAGAAACCAAAGACAGAGGCAUCUCCAGCAGACGAUCAAAAGAUGGAGCAGAAACACGAAUACAACUGGAAUGUUAAUAGCGUUUUUCUUGUCAAGUCGCUCAUUGCACGAGAGCAAGCAGCGCGACAGACGAGUGGCAAAAGUCAAUUGCAGCACAGUACAGCAAGCGAAACAAGAGGUCGAGGCGAUACCGCAAGAGGUAACCAAUCAAAUCGCCUGGCCAUUAGCAACAGCGCAUCAAACGCCAGCAACAUGACUGGCAGACACUUAGGUGUAAGCCUUAGUAACAUUGAAGAUUUUCAUGUCAGUGAAAAUUCAGUGAACCACCAAGACGAAACCCCGGAUGUUGGAGCAAACAACGAGCGUAACACUCCAUCUAAUGCUCCGUCGAAUUCCAAUCAAAUCAACUACACUAACAUUCAAAUGGUAAAAGAUAUUAUUGCGCAGGAGAAAAUGGAAAAAAUCGCACAGAAUAAUGCUGAUUCUAACCAAUCAAAAGGAAACGGUCUUGAAGAAACAAAAACUAUUGACCAAUCAAAUAGCAGCUUUGAUCAGCAACGCGAUGUUCCAUACUCAGAGUAUAAUGGAGAUUGGGACUAAUAUUGGCAAUAGUUAUAUCUGCCACCAAUAAAACAUUGAACAAAUCAGAAUUAUUUCCAUUUUACUUGUUACAAUGAAGAAAAAUAGAAAUUGUAAAGCACAUUGAAUUCAAAGGAUAAAAAAUAAAAGUGUCUGUACGCCUCGCUA